CUCACCACAGUUGCUAUAGUCAUGCAGCUUAUUCUAGCUUGAUUUAGUAGCAUGCUGUGUGUGCACGUCAAUUAGGCCUAAAUAAUGUGUCACCAGAAACAUUACUCAAUCGGUCACCGACUCGGCGAAUGUCACGUCUGCGUUGACUACCUGUGUCCGACACCGGAUAUUGCUACUGUCGCAGGGACAAAUCUUGAUACUGAUAACACAACUAGAGAAAAUAAUUAUUACAUUUUUGUCUUUUAAUUUUUUAAUUAGUUACUUUUGUGAGUGACCUACUAUUAUUCUUGAUGUAUCCGAAUCCAGGAUACGUUGACAUAAGCUGAGCAGACAUGUGUCCCCUUACGAAGAAACUACUCCAUCAAGAGCAUACAUUGAUCAUCCAUCAAAGGAAGCUGCCAUGACAUUUUCAUUCAAUCCUUUCACUUGGUUGGCAGCAAUCAGGGAUCAUCCUCCACAAGGCGUUACCCUUAUUAACAUCCUCAAUGCUUAUGUCCAGCAAUAUUGCCUUUCUGGCCUUUCUGUACUUUGUGCAGGGCUUGCCAAACGGCCUGCAGACUCGCUUCCUUCCCAUCUACUUCCGAACUCAUGGCAUGUCCCUCUCUAAAGUGGGGUUCUUCCGACUCUUGUUUCUGCCAUGGAUGUUGAAAGCCCUCUGGGCGCCAUUGGUGGAUCGUUUCGGUACCAAGAAGCUCUGGCUAAUCUGGAGCAUGCUGGGUAUAGCGGGUACAACCUUCAUUGGAUCAUUUUCUGGUCCCGACCGCCUUGCUGAGCUAACGGCCAUUUUGUUUCUGUUCAAUAUUUUGACAUCAACGCAGGACAUAGCAGUGGACGCUCUGGCAAUUCAGAUCCUCAGCUCAUCGGAGCUUUCUCAUGGAAACAUUGCUCAAGUUGUUGCCUACAAGUUCGGGUCCUUGUGUGGAGGUGGUCUCUUUAUUUGGCUCAGUGAUUAUUUCACUUGGAUGGCUUUAUUUCAGUUGUUGUCACUGGUCUAUUUAACAGCAGUUAUUACGGCGGCCAUUUUUGUCCCCAAACAACCAAGAUGUGUAAUAACAAUUAUUGUUCCAGAUCCACAGACGGACUUAGCGCCAUCUCAAAAUGAAUCUGAAGCUGGAUCGGAGAAGGCAGAUGUGUUAGAAAAUCAACUUGCUGCAAGUACAAGUAGCUUUCCUGCUGCAAGGGAGGUUCAAGAGGAUCUUACGGGGUUGAACUGGUUAACAAAUCACCUUUCACUCAUUAUGAGUUCAGAGGGAACAAUGUGGACCAUCUGUUACGUGUUUGUGUACAAACUUGGAGAGCAGGGGACGCUGAGUAUGAUAUCUCUGUAUCUGUUGGAUCGGAAGAUGGCGGCGGCUGUGGUUGGGUUUUGGACUGGAGUUGUUGGAUUGGUCAUCUCCAUGUUAGGAUCAUUCAUCGGAGGAUGGGCCGUGUCAGCUUAUAAGUGGCAGCCAGUGACGGUAUUGAAGUCCAUUGCUUGGGUGAGAACAGCACUAAUUGGCGUCAUCAGUGCGACUGUCAUCAUAGCAACCAUGUCUGAACAGGAAGACUUUCAUAGCUUUUGCAAUUUUGUCAUCCUCGUUAGCAUGCUGGUGUUGCUUCUAUUCAGUGGCAUGACAACCACCAUGACCUUCACCUUGAUGAUGCAGUGUUCACAGAGGGCGCCACCGUGUGUUCAAGCCAGUCACUACAGCACAGUGGCCACCAUUGAAGUGGUGGGAAAGUUGACGUUUUCUGUACUCGUUGGAAUGCUUGCUGACUCUAUGGGAUAUCCAUUUUUGUUUUUUGUUUGUACUUUGCUAGCAGCAGCUGUUGUGCCUUUAUUUAAAUAUGCUCCGCCAGUUUUAUGGAAUCAAGAAAUUGUGAAUAAAAACUCUUGACAAUAA